AUGGACUCGCUCGCUUCUUUUGUUCCAGUGAGCACUCUUGUGAACAAAGCUCUGGAUCGGAAAUAUUCAGAAAAGACCAACAUGGAGACUCAAUUUCAAAAUAUGGUCAUUCAACUCGAAACAUUGAUUGAAAUUUUUGAAAAGUUCGAUACCAAUAACCGACCAGUCAUUUACCAAUAUUACAAUCCAAUGAAUGAAAAACCGUUUUUCACAGCAUUUAAAUUGCAUAAACAUCAAGAAGAUCCAGCUGUCAAAAUUUCCGAUUCGACCUUUGUGUUAAUUGAUGUGCUUUCGCUGUGA